AACACCUUCUCAUCCAAAAUAUCUCAUGAUAUCGAGACUAUUCCGUUGUUGCCGCCAUGCCUCGAUUCCACAUCGAAAGAAUACCGUCUGGCAUCCACUAUACAAGGGAUUCAACCUCUCAAUUCCACUCCGAGGAAACAACGUCCCAUGUUCCUCCACAGACUCUGAUCUUCACACCGUCAGCCGGAGUAGACCGGCGUCUGAGGGACGGUGGAAAAUCGGCGACUAGUCUUCCUGCGCCCCCAAUAUUCGAAACCGCGUCGAAUCACGAACGGAGUGCGUUUCCUGCUUCUCACACACAUGUUUUCAACCUGGCAAGCGCGCCAACUGGUUUGCCGCCCGUCGCGAAGCAUCAACCAUCUCAUGAGACCGUUGGUAAUGGCCUAUCCCAUCAACCGCUAGAUGGCGUCAAUACAAAUUUGGUGGGAGAUUGCUCUGGAGCGUUUCAUCAACCGCAAAUACCACCAGAGCCUGCUUUGUAUGCAGAAUCUGAUACGCCGAAUGAUUGUCUUCCUCUCCUCAAUGUAGACAUCCAGGUCGCUGUUGACGGUACUGUCGCACGAACAAAGCUGUUUCAACGGUUUAGCAACCCGUCGAAGCAACAAAUACCGGAGGCGCGAUACACUUUUCCUCUGUAUGAUGGCUCCGCAGUCAUAGCCUUUUCCUGCACUAUCGGCGACGAAAGGGAACUGAUAGGCACAGUACAGGAGAAGACAAAGGCUGCCAAGGAGUUCAAGAAGGCUGUAGAGAAGCAGCAAACGGCGGCUUUGCUCGAGGAGCACACGCCUGAGAUCUUCGAGACGAUCAUUGGCAACGUUCCUGCCGAAACGGAUGUUGUAAUCCAGAUUGAGUAUGUUUGCGAGACCACAGCAAUCGUCCUCGACGAUGGCAAAGAUGUUUUGGAAGUCAUCAUUCCAAUGUCAAUUGCGCCACGAUAUGGAGACAUGGAUUAUCAUGGACUACAGAAAAAACCCGACUCGGACGGUCUUCUGAUUGAGGUCAGGAUUGAAGACGGAGGUAGGAUCAAGCAGGUGCAUUGCAACCAUCGAGCCGACGUUGUGAAGGAUGCUCCGAUGGACGUUGUCAAAGUCACCAGUCUUUCUGACCUUGACAACAACGUUGGGGAGGUCCGUGCAACUGCCUCACCAGUUCCAACUUAUACCGUAGUGAAAUACUCCACAGAAACAGCAAUCAUGGACGAAGAUUUCAUCGUGUCCAUCGAAAGCAGUCUGGAAUAUCCUAUUCGUUCUCGGGCCACCUUAUCACCGCCCAAUGAGGACGGCCUAGCAGCCCUCAUGAUCAAUCUGAAGCCGGCAGAAAUGUUCGAGGAUGCGGGUCGUUUGGAAAGCUUUGAUGGAGAGAUCAUCUUCCUCCUGGACCGCAGUGAUUCAAUGCACUGUUAUACAACCAGAAACAAGAGAACCAAGAUGUCGACUCUAAGAGAGUCGAUGCCACUCUCUCUCGCUAGCUUACCAACGACAUGCCAUUUCAACAUUGUGUCGUUCGGACAUAACGCCGAGUUCCUGUGGGAAAGAUCGCAGCCGUACAACCAAAACACCCUUGACGACGCCAGGAGUUAUGUCCGUGGCCUGGAAGCGAACUUGGGCGGCACAGAAUUGCUCCAUGCAUUGAGAAAAGUGGUCGAAUCGAGAAGGCACACAGAGUCAUCAACACAGAUCGUCAUUGUAACUGACGGAGAGGUCGCACCGGAGGAGGUCCUCACAUUUGUCUGGGAAACUCGCCAAAAGCUGGGGGACAGUAUCAGAUUCUUCGCCCUGGGUAUUGGCGAGAGAGUUCCUCACCGCAUCAUCAACAGAAUUGGCGAGUUUGGAGGAGGCUAUGGAGAGGUCAUUGACAUUGAUGCCAACCCCGAGUGGACCGACAGGCUCAGUCUCAUGCUUACAUACGGACUCAUGCCCAAGACAUGGACCUGUAAGGUCGAUCUAGGCCCUGGUUUUGCCAGACAGGACCUUUACACCGAUGCAUUCAUGGAUAAGCACAUUGAAACGGAAAUCAGAGACAGUCGGGCUGCUUCUUUUGUUCAAGCUCCUUUUCCAACGCCAUGCUUGCACCCUUUUGCAUUCUUAUCAGUCUUCCUCUUGCUGGAUCUACGCUCAAGGGCCGCCCCUACUAAGGUCACAUUGAGGGCAGCCUCUCAUGGCGGAGACAUUGAGUUAAAGCAUGAGCUCAACAUCGACACAACGUCAAAUGACACAUCUACGGUCCAGCAUCUUGCAGUCCGGGCAAGUCUACUUGAUUUGGAAGCUCAGCUGAGCCGCCGAGUCGCAAGCCGAAUUCAAGAAGACACUGCCAAAAUGAACGCUGUAUUACUUGGAAACAAGUUCAAAGUCACGAGCCGAUGGACAAGCUUCGUUGCUCUUCAGGGCUCAGAUAAUGUGGUCGAUGAGAUAGAGCUAUACAAAGCGGAGUUUGUUCAGGGAGCGGCGAAAGAGUUUUUGGGCUCUAUGAGCUCUGCCAAGCAUCAACCAACAGGAAACAUGCCGACGUGACCAUGUGAUCCUUUUGAACCACGAACCUACGUGGAAUCUCUUGGCAUCA